GGUUUGUCAAGGGCCAAAGGCAGGAAGUUGUGAGUGUGGUUAGCUGAGCGGAACAAUACAGGGGAAGCUGUAUUGCCCGUUUUUGCACUGUAUUUAUUUCUGCGUAGUCCUUCAGACUCAAACUGGAACCAGCCCUUGAAGCACAAAGGGGAGAGCUGAGGAAGUGAGUGGAGCAUUUAGAAAGAAAUUCCGGCGAAGCUGGCAGCUCCAGAUUAAACAUUGAUGACAGAAGCAAACAUCCACCAUCCCCAACUGCGUAGUUCAGGCGCGAGACCAGUCAUGCUGCCAGUGUGAGCUCUCUGGAGGUUGUGUAUGGGACCCGCGAUGGCAGGUGUCGAGGCUGGGACUGGGCAAAGGGCAGGUGAAGGGAGGCUGUCCUGGCCGGUUUUCCUGCUGACACUGGCUGCUGUCACCUCCUCCUCUCUUUCAGCUUUGUCCUUGUACCAACUGAUGGCUCUCAGAGCUGAGGUGGAGGGACUCAAAUCAGAGGUCGUCCGCAGGAGAGAAGAGAGCCAAGAGGUCAAGCAUGCAAGCCAGGAUUUUAUUACAUCUGCUCAGACUGACAAUAUGAGCAGCAGGAGAAGCAUCCACGAACCCCUUCAUCAGCCCGGGUCUCCACAUGCUUUCGCCCUGAUAAAGAAGAGGAGUUUGCCCUCUGACUCAGAGGCAUCAGUUUCUCAGCCGUGCCUGCAGUUGUUGGCAAACAGUAGCAGAAAAACCUUUGGGAAAGAAUUUGAAUCAGGGCCACACACAGGCAUCCCCUGGCAGUCUGGGCUGAAGAGAGGCUCUGCCCUGGAGCCAGACGGGGACAGCAUAUUAGUCAGAGAGGAGGGCUUCUACUUUGUGUACAGUCAGAUCUACUACAUGGACAGCACCUUUGCGAUGGGUCAUGUGGUGAUCCGGAGGAAGAGGAACGUGGUGGGAGACGAGGAUCCGUAUGUGAUCCUGUUCCGCUGCAUCCAGAGUAUGAACCCUGUCUACCCUUUCAACACCUGCUACACAGGAGGUAUCGUGAAGCUGGAGGCCGGGGACCACUUGGAGCUGCUGAUCCCUCGUUCAACAGCCAACGUGUCCCUGGAUGGAGAUGCCACCUUCCUGGGUGCUGUCAAGCUGGCUUAAAGGGGUGUCAUCACUUUGGACCCCCAGGGGACGCUUUUGUACAACGAACUGUGCGACGAGGCACGGCUCCGGUGACCCUGUGCAACUUUGGGUUUUGUAAGAAGAACGCAGGAGGCGGCAGCCAUUUCUAGCUGAAUGAUUGACUGUGUGACUCCUUGUCUGUUCAGCCUGUGGGGACAUGGAUUGCACGAUGAGCUGAUGGCAUAGUUUUAGCUCAUAAGAAUACGCACAGCUAGCUACAGCUGCAUUAUGUUAGUUUCUAUCACACGUCAAGACAAAAUAUUGUAACGACUUUCUGAAUCAGUACUUUCCUUCAUGUAAGACAUUAAAGUCACACUUUGUUCUUCUGCUUUGAUCAAUAGUCUUUCCUCCUGUAGCAGCAGCACUUCUACACUGAAACAUAUGCUUUAUUUUUUUAGAUAUCGCAGCAUAAACAUGAGUGGUUACCAUCCUGAAUGGCAUCAUUUGUUUUGACCCACAUGUGUCUAACCCCCGAUGCAAUAAAGUGAUGGUUAUUGCACAAGAGAUGACA